AUCAUAUUAUAAAUAAGGAACAUGGCGGUUUCUUUUUUACUAAUAUCAAAGUAGGUGUAGUCGUAAAUGAAACUAGAGGUAAUUAUUAAAUUUUUCUUAGGAAUGAACAAAAAUAUAAUAGUAAAUAUAAUCUGAUGUGUUUUGUUCAAUAAAACAAUUUAAUAAAAAUAUAUAUUAUUUGUGACAUUUAAUACAAUUAUAAAGAUAAAUCAUUCUGCAGCUUAGAAAAUGGUAAAGUUAUAUGCGUUGUCAGUUUUAUACAAAAAUCCUACGUCAGCGACAACGUUGAAAGCUGCUUAUGACGUAGAUAGAUUUUCGUUUUUUCAAAGAGGAAGUGUAAAAGAAUUUAUGACAUUUAUAAGUAAAACUAUUGUGGAAAGAACUCAGAAUUGCUCCAGACAGAGUGUAAAAGAAGGAGAUUACAUGUGUCAUGUGUUUGUACGAGCAGAUAAUCUUGCUGCAGUACUUAUAUCAGAUCAUGAAUAUCCUAGAAGAGUAGCUCAUACGUUAAUUACAAAAGUUAUGGAUGAAUUUGCAUCUAAAUAUCCACAAUCUACAUGGGAUACAUUAAAUGAAGUUAUGACUGAUUUUGCACAGAUAAAUGUAUAUUUAGCCAAAUAUCAAAAUCCUAAUGAAGCUGAUGCUCUUACUAAAAUGCAAAAUGAUUUAGAUGAAACAAAGAUUAUUUUACAUAAUACAUUAGAAGCUGUUCUUAAAAGAGGUGAGAAUUUGGAUGACUUGGUUUCUAAAUCACAAGGGCUUAGUGUUCAAUCAAAAGCAUUUUAUAAAACUGCACGUAAAACUAAUUCUUGUUGCAGUUUAGCCCCUUAAAAUUUUUGUUAUUAAAAAUUACUGAUAUAUUUCAGUGAAUAUUAUUGUAAUUUUGUAAUUUUAACUCAAAAUGCAAAGGAAUUAGUAUCAUACAAAUUUUAUUAAAAGGAAUAAUUUCUAAAUUGUAUAUGUAAUUAGCAUCAUGUGGUAAAAUUCAAUAUUUUGUGUAUAAAUUUAUUGUAUAUAAGAUAUAUGUAUUAAUGCACUUAAAUGGUGUAUCAGGUUACUGCCAAACUCAUUUAAUUGACUUCAAUAUUUUCUAUUGAUUCAUAAUUAUUUUUUUUUCUUAUA